UUCAUUUAUUUAAACUUUAUUUAACCAGAGAAAUCUCUUGAGAUUAAAAAUCUCUGUUUCAAGAGUGUCCUGGCCAAGACAUAAGUUUAAGACAGACAACACAGAAUAAUAAUACAAAAUAAAGCUCAAAAACAGGCAAUAUAAAACACAAAAUAAGAUUACUACAAAGAAAAGCCAAAAAGUAUGUUAAUAUAUACCAGAAAUGAACCGUAAAAAAGCAACAAAAAAAACAGCAACUACACAUGAUUACAAAGAUCAGCUAAGUCACACAGUAAAAUAUUGUUUUGGUUACAAAAACUUCAAGUUAUACUCUAAUAAGAAAGUUAAUUUAAAGCCCAAAGAGUUGCUGCAGAUUGAGUAUUUUUUAAGAACGACAAAGUUGCAGUAGUCAUGUCAACCGUAGUUGAAAUAUAGCCAGUGAUUAUAGACUACAUAAAGAUGGACGAUGUGUUUCCACUUAGCCCUACUGUACAAAGUGAGGCUAAAAUACCCCAGAUGCGGCUGCUGCCAUCUUGCUUUGGUGAUGUCAUUUGGAGCCAGAGUCUGCGCAGUAGCGAUCUGAAUGCUAUUAAGUGUCCCGCCCAUACACCCAUCCGACCAAUUGAGAGCAGCGUCACUGAGUUAGUUUGGCUCAUGUCCCGUCCGCUAACGUGGAGAGGGCGGGCUUUAUGACCUAUACUGCAACCAGCCACCAGGGGACAGUCGAGAUGUUUCGGCUUCACUUUUGGGACCACUGCCAUCUCGCUCUGGUGACGUUAUUGGGAGCCAGAUUCUGCGCAGUAGUGAUUUCUGUAGUGUCAAGUUUCAUCUGUCAAGCAGCACCACUUAUUGGCUCACCUAAUUGUCAAUUAUGUUGUAAAAUCCCCGUUUUGUAGCAUUGAAUAACUAAUUAAAACCAAACUUAUCAGAAAAACGAACACUUUAACAAACAGCAGCUUGAUUAAAACUACUGUAAGUGACAGAAACACAUUUGGGAAAACUUUAUUUGACAUUGGCUUUGGGUUUUUAGUGUGGUCCAUGUCCCAUCCACUAACAUCAAGGGGGCGGGCUUUAUGACCUAUACUGCAGCCAGCCACCAGGGGGCGAUCAAGAUGCUUCGGCUUCACUUUUGGGGAGCUGUCAUGGCGUCCAUCUUUACAUGCAGUCCAUGUUAGCUAUCCAUGAUGAAUAAUUUAAAUUUUAACAACUGUUUUACUUAUUAGAUGUGACUUGAUGUUUCUGAAUUUUAUAUACUUGCAAGGGUCUCCUGUUAGAGAAGGAUUGGCAAGAUAUUCUUGAGCUGCACAAUAUUUCUUGCGUUCUGUCGGCCAUCUUAGUUUUGAGAUAUUUAUGUUGCUGUUACAACACCUGGCCAGUGGGUGGCAGUGUAUGUCAUGACGCACUAGCAUCCACUGUAGUGGCUUACGUGCGACAAUAGCAUCAAAACCCACGCAUAUUCAAGAAAAUAGGUUUUAAAUGGCUUUCCACUGUAGUCACUACUAUGCAUGAAAGGGUUAAAUUGAGAGCUAUAAAUCAAAAUGACUGUGAAUUUAAACGAGCGAGUUGUGUGACCGAGGUGUACCGACAAGGAAAGAGAAAAGGAGGAAAGCAGAGAUGUACUGUGCGUGUAAGACGUGGGGGCUGGGUUUUUACAUAGAUUAAACUCAGAUUCAGGGAGCGAGGGAAAAUAGGACCGGGCAGCGAAAGCUAAACUGCUGUGAAAGCAAAUACCUCUGGGGUAUGGCCAGGUGGGAGUGUGUUUCAGGUCAAAGGAAAUGUAGCAGAGGCCUAACUUGACCUUUCCAGCCUUCAUUUUUUUAUACCAUCCUGUACAGGAGUUAGAAAAAUGCACUCUUUCCUGUCCCUCCUCUUUCCUUGUCUGUCCACCCCACACACUUUCUCUUCCCACUCUCUCCCUGUCUUUCGGACACUCACGCAGCCUGAGUGUGACUCAGCGCUGGUACAGUCUGUCCUAUCCAUUCAUUUAUCUAUCCGUCUAUCCAUCUAUCUCCCCUGCAUCUGGUCCAUGCUAGCAGAGCACGCAUGCUUGCCUGUCCACCAGCUCUCUGUGCUGACACAGGUAAGAGGGAGUAAUCCGUGGCCUGGAACUGAAGUUCACCCCCAGUACAUCCCUGCCCUCUGCACCUCAUUAAUCCCUACCUAACACAGACCUUAUGUGAUGGUUGAAAUAGGCCACCUGUUGCUCUGAUCACGGAGGGCCGAUGGUGGUGUCACCUGCGGUCAUCAUCAUCACCAUCCGUGGCUUUAUCCUAAGAUUUACACAAGCUUUUCUGUGUGGAUGGUGUUAAAAUUAAUAAAAGGAAAACAUCUGUAAUAUCAGAUAAUGGCGCUGACUGUGUAAUUAAGUUCUGGAGACAAAACUCUCGAGCUGGCUGGGGCUAAAUGUUUAUAGUUGAGCUACAUUCCUUUCACAGGAGCCUCCGAAAAGUUGUGUUUAACAAUACAGCAUGUUCUCGGCGAGGUAGGUUUGAUAGAUUGUUUUCUAGUGACUCAACAGCGGACAGGCUGAGUAGGGAAAGGGCCUGCACAUAUCCUGCUAUUGUCUUAUCGCUUCCUUUCUCUUCCAUCUGUCCACAGUGUGUCCUCCAGCGCCCUCGCUGCCUCCUAUCUCUGCUGACCCAAGGAUAAGCUCAUCGGAUGACAAUGGCACCACUAGAGACAGAUGCUCUCCUUCGCUAAUCCCAGUUUGUCGUGACCUCUGACCCCUUCGAUGGCAUCUUACGUAAGGAGCUGGUUAAGGAAAGCACACGGGAGCAGCGUGUGUUGUGUUGUGCCAGGUUAGCAUCCCCCCUCUCAGAGAUGGUGUGUGUCGGUGCUGCUCGGGCGGCCGGGGCCUAACGUGCACACAGACAGGACCUCCACCAUCCCCCCGAUCUGCUGCAUAUUCCUCGGGUGACUCUCCUCACUGUGUCCUCCACCACUGCUGCUUCCUCAGAGCUCUACCCCCACCCCACCUCCCUGUAAGGGUGUCUGGGAGUUGGGCCCUUGGGGGUGGAGGGAAUCAACAUCGUGCUUUGCUGGGGAGCCGUGCAGAAUUAGCUAUGCCCUGCCCUGGCAUCCUUUGACCGGCUGGAUUUCUCUAUUUCUGUCUGCCUGCGCUCCGGAGGGCAACAUAGGAUGAAAAUCUGCAAACAUGAUGCAAGGACUGAAAAACCGAACCAGGAAAGCCUUGGGCUUACGAAAGAGAGACAAGGACACAGAUGCAGCGAGUUCACCUGACAAAGACGGAACUGGAAGCGGAAAGAAAGGAAAUAAAAAGGCCAAUGGAGCACCGAAUGGUUUUUAUGGGGAGAUUGACUGGGACAGAUAUGCCUCUCCUGACGUGGACGAGGAGGGCUUCAGCCUGCGGCCCGGUGAUGAGGGCGAUGCAGCAUCCAAAGGAAAGCACUUUUUCUCCUCCAGCGACUCCGAGGACGACGAGGACAGCAAGAAGAAGUUCAAAAUUAAGAUCAAGCCACUCGUGGCGGACAGUGCCAAGUGUGUCCCUCCAUCUAUGGACGAGCUAAAAGCCUCAGUGGGAGGCCUGGCACUCUCUCCAUCUCUGAGGAGAAGUCCGAGACGCAGCCCGGGGCAGAUAAAAAGGAAUUUGUCCUGUGAAGAGAUCGCCAGACCCAGACGCUCCACCCCCACACCAAGUCCUGCCCCUGAGACGCCAAGUGACAAGCUGUCGCAGAACGUUCCUGCCUUUUUUGGGCUGCCUUCAGAGACCAAAUAUGCCAGAUAUGAUGUGGUCCCUUCAGAUGUAUGGGGAGAUUCCAGACCACCUUCAGAAUCACAGCUGAGCAGAAGUUUCCCAACAGGAGCUCCUCCUCCCCUUCCUCCAAAAAACAUUCCAUCAAGAAGUCAUUACGGCUAUUCUUCAGAAUCUGCUGCUGAGUUACCCAAUGGAAGAGCGGCUCGCAGCUCUGCUCCCAUCUACCUGAACGUCCUGUCCCCUGCCGCUUACCGAGGCUCCACAGCCCCUGACCUGGACGACGUGUUUGGCCCUGCGGACGGCAGUGGGGAAACAGUGUCCCCCAGAUGGGUUACGUUCACCAGUGACAGACCCCCGCCGCCUGAUGAACCUGCACCCCCUCCGCCACCGGAUUCUCCUCCUCCAGACACGCCCUCGUCCACCCCCUCCACCCCCUGCCUCUCUCCAGGACCGCCACCAAACGAGCCCCCGCCUUCACCUCCACCGUUUUCUCCCGGGUCUCCUCCUCCUUUCACGCCACCAGAAUCACCCCCCUCCAUUGUGCUCGGACCUCCUCCUCCAGAUGAACCGGCCCCUCCCCUGCCUCCCAACUUCUCCCCCUCUAACACGCCUCCUAUAUGCUUCGACGACGAGGCAAUCGAUGAGGAGGUGCUUCAGUUUGCAGAGUACUCAUCGUCUCCUGCCCCCAUCAGCCCCAUUCCCCCUCUGCCAGCAGAGCGGAGGUCUCCUCGGGCAGGAGUCAUAUCUCCCCUGGUCCUUGGGAGUGUCGGGGGAAAGAGGACUCCAGAGGGAAUGCACCUGAGAGAUGAUAUCCCAGACUUUGUGGGUUCACCCAGAGAGCUGACGCCGAGCUUCAGGGGCACGCCACCUCCUCUCCCUCCAACCACCUACAGGUCUAUUAUGUCUUCCCCGGGGCCCUACUCAGGCAGCAGCCCCUCGUCCCCAGCUCGUCCCGCCACGCCUCAGUCUCGAGGCAGUCCGGUCCCUCCGCCUCCUCCUCCUCGACCCUCAUCGCGACCAAAGCUGCCCCCAGGGAAACCAAUCACAGACCUGUCUCGGCCCUUCAGUCCGCCAGUUUCAGGCAGCCCCCCGCCUUUCGCCCCCCUUGCCCGGGCAGAGAGCUCUUCCUCCAUCUCCUCCAUCACCAUACAGAGUGCAGCGUCCACUCCAACCUUAGGAAAGGAGCUCAGCAUGUCCGCCUCAGGAUGCUCCAGAGGACCCAGUCCGCUCACCAUGGGACCCCAGGACACUCUACCAGUGGCAGCUGCCUUCACAGAAACCAUCAAUGCCUACUUCAAAGGCGCAGACCCCAGCAAAUGUGUGGUGAAGAUCACAGGGGAGAUGGUGCUGUCCUUCCCUGCGGGCAUCACUAGGCAUUUUGCCAGCCACCCGACUCAACCCGUCCUCACCUUUUGCAUCAGCAACUACAGCCGGCUGGAGCAGGUCCUCCCCAAUCCACAGCUGCUGUGCUGUGAUUCCACAACAGACAGUAGCUUAGACACCAGGGAGUUCUGGGUGAAUAUGCCAAACCUGAUGAGCCAUCUGAAAAAAGUGGCUGAACAGAAGCCUCAGGCGACGUACUACAACGUGGACAUGAUCAAAUAUCAGGUGUCAGCAGAGGGGAUCCAGUCCACUCCUCUGAACCUGGCGGUGAGCUGGCGAGGCGAUGCCAACAACACAGACCUUAGAAUAGACUACAAAUACAACAUGGAGGCCAUGGCCGCUCCCAUGCCAUUACACAACAUCCAGUUCCUGGUUCCUGUGGAUGGAGGCAUGGCCAAACUCCAGGCCAUGAUCCCCCCCGCCACCUGGAAUCAAGAGCAGCAGACGAUACAGUGGAAAAUCCCCAGUCUCUCUCAUAGAUCUGAAAAUGGAGGAGUCGGGGCUCUUCUGGGCCGGUUCCAAAUGACAGAAGGUCCCUGUAAACCCUCACAGCUGGCGGUCCAGUUCAGCAGUGAGGGAUGCACUCUGUCAGGCUGUGACAUCCAGCUGGUUGGGACCGGUUACCGGCUAUCGCUGAUCAAGAAGAGAUUUGCUGCAGGGAAAUAUUUGGCGGAUAAUUAGUGGGACCUGUUUGUGAACGGAACCAAAAGAAUCAAUGGCUUUUGACUGUGAAGACUAUGGAUCCAUCCCAUGUUUAGUGCAUUCGAAACCUUAUCUUUAGCAGAUUAAUUAACAGAACACAAACACACAGAGGUGAUAUUUGAUUUCAUGACAUCACAUUCAGUAGACUGACUGCUGCUGAGUUUAUGCAAGUAAAUACAAGUCAUUAGUUCUGUGCACUUGUAACACUUACGGGGUUACAUGGAGUAAAACAUAGGGAAACCCUGAUUCUUUGUUCUCGUUAACAUAAUUGUGGAUUCAUACAGUGAUCCAGCCUUAUUCAUUGCAGUUUCUUUGUCUAACUGGUUGUCUUUGCAAAUGCACUGUAAAAGAUAAUGUGAAUAGAUUAUAUAAUAUUAAAACAAUCUUAAACAAGGUGGAAAAGACUGGAAAAUGUAAAAAAUAGGUGUAGUUUAGAGUUGCUUUGCAGUUGCACUCCAAUAAGUUUUAGGUUACAUGGUAAUAUCUGAUUUACACUGCCACCUCAAAUCAGAUUUUUUUCCCACCACGUGUGACCAAUCUUUAUCGUUGUCUAGGCAGAAUUUAUGUUUCUGUGUAGACAGCCUUUAAAAAUGUCACAGCCCAUUCUGUCAGUCUUGUGAUUCAAGGUGACUGGUCAGUUCACAGUUCAGAGUGACCCGCAGCGCUGGACUAACAUCAGCACUCUUAUUCUGAAGGUGCUUUUUAUAUGGAAUUAUAUUUGUGCCUCAGUCUGGAUCGUGUGAUGGGGAAUAUUGAGCACAGUGAAGCUUUGCGUGCAAGCACAUUAAUUAUAUUUAGCAGAGAAAUUAUCAUCAUGCAAAGAAUACAUUAAUUUAAAGGAGCUGUGUGUGACAUUUAGAGCAGUAAUGUAACAGCAAACCAUUAUUUGUGAUGUAAAGAUAGAUUGAAGUAAUGGCAUCUCGAGCAGAGAGUGAAGUCACACAUCCUCUGUGUUUGUUGUAAUCUGAGCUUCUCCGUUUUUUGUUGUGGUAGAUGAUCCGACUGUGUGUGCGUGCAUGUGAGUGUCUCCUGGCUAGCUUAUCGCCGCCACUCUGCGCUGUGCUCUUACAGUGGUUACCACUGAUAUCGGUGCAUCGUUGUCACGGAAGUGUAGCACCCACCAUCCAGUCCUCCCCCCAUGUUAACACCGUUAGCUCUCUCUCGGGGGGGGGGGAUUUCUGCGGUCGGCUCUGCAUAUAUUUUCCUGCUUUUUUUGUCCUUUACCAAUCACUGUUAGCUGGUAGCUGCUUGCUCAGCCACCUCCAUGUUGAGAGCCAUGUGCAGACAAUCCCACCUCAAUUCAACCUCAAAAAUAAAAACGAUUGCUUGAAAAGAUACUUAUAAGUCCUUGAAUUUGACUUGUCUCUGUCUGUACAAUCCCUGCUGUCAGCAUUGUUGCUGUUGUUAGCACUGUUUUUUGGGUUAGCACCGUUAGCUGCUAGCUGCUUGCUCAGCCACGUGAGAGCCAUGUGCAGACAAUCCUGUCCCAGACUCUGAAUCAUAGAUAUGCUCUAUAUGUCACAUGUCGCUCCUUUUUAAGAUGAAAAAAUUAUUUUAUGCUCCAUACAAAGCAUCUGUAAUUAUUUAUCUUAACACUGCACCACAUAAUUACUAAUAUGUGAAAGAGGUUGCUUGUACUGACAAAAGUUUAGCUCACUGUUUUUGUUUUGUAGCCACCAACUUUAGUGUUUCUGUUGACUCUCACUGCUCUCCUAUGUGAUGAUGAAAUUGUUUUAUUUUUGUCCAAAAAGCUCAGAUAAACAGACUGUACACAAACUACCCAGAAUCAAACAGCAGACAUCAAAGUUAGCAGCCAGCUGGUGAACAUUUUGGAAUAUUUAGCUGCUAAAAGGCUCUCAGGAUUUGGUGUAGACUGAAAACAGAGAUGAAAGGAGGGAAAAUAUUGGACUUAGAUCAUCAUCAGGUGGACAGAGACACGACUCCAAAUGACUGCUGUUACUGAGUGUCAGCUUGAUGUGUUUAUAGGCCACUGUUUGCUAACAAGUUCACCUCAUCAACUCACACAGAAAGUGUUUUACAGGGUGCAAAAGUCGAGGCGGACCCGCUGCUUUUUUUUUUUUUUUAAAUCAAAUGCCGCUAGUGAAAAAAAAUGCUUGCUGCGCCUUUUUAUUGUUGGAAGGCAACCACCCCAUCACGUCCUUAUGCGAACCUUCCCAUGCGAUCAAUCUACCCUUUAUUUAUUUUUUAUUUCACAGUAAUUAGUAGCUAGUUCCUAAAAUGUUGAGGCAGAGGGUACUCGCUGUAGCUCUGGUUGAGGGUGAGUUGCUGUCAGCAAAUAGUUUUUUGGGCACAGGGAAACGGAGAUCUGUUUUGGUAUACGAGACCCUAAUAAAGAGGGUGGAUCAUGGGGAGUACCACCAGUUGGUC